CUGAAGUCGACGGAUGCAGCAAGGAUACUACGCUGUUACCGGCAUUUGUACUAGAAAUGUUAGUGUUCCAUACCUUGCACCCUGCCGAUGGCGUAUACUCUAUAUCUCCAUAGCCCAUUGUGCUGUAUAGAUAUUUUGCGCAGUCUUACGUAGAAUUGAUAUGCGGGAACACAUUUGGAUACAAGACCGCAAUCCCUCGGAUGGUCGAUUGAUAUAUUUUCCAUUGAUUUAGGCUACUCCGUCGCGCAAUAGGCUACUGUGUAAAAGCCUUUCCUAUCAGUAAACGCGAUGUUAAAGUGAAAGAUCUUUUGGAUGCUACAUUAUUGAACGAUCGACAGUAUAUGCCUACUGUAUAUUCAAGAUGAAGAUCUGGAGCACGGAACAUGUUUUCAGCUAUCCAUGGGAGACAGUGAUCAAGGCGGCGAUGAGGAAAUACCCCAAUCCCAUGAACCCCAGUGUGGUGGGCGUUGACGUACUGGACAGGAAGCUGGAUCCGGAGGGACGUCUGCAUAGCCACAGGCUACUCAGCACAGAGUGGGGCAUCCCAGGGAUUGUGAGAACGAUACUGGGGACCAGCCAGACUCUCACGUAUGUGAAAGAACAUUCUAUAGUUGACCCAGAGGGAAAAAAAAUGGAGCUUUACUCAACUAAUAUAACUCUGACAAAUCUGGUUUCUGUUGAUGAGAGACUAGUUUACAGACCUCACCCAGACAAUCCUGAAGUAACCAUAUUGACCCAGGAGGCCAUUAUUACAGUGAAGGGUGUCAGUCUAAGCAGCUAUCUGGAGGGCAUGAUGGCCAUGAGGAUGUCAGCCAACGCAAGAAAAGGUUGGGAUGCUAUUGAGUGGAUCAUUAAGAACUCUGAGAGGGAGAACGUACCUAUGUGUGACCUCUACUGACUCUGGCUGCCAUGAGGACAACAACACCAUCAGAGACCCACAGCUCUUUCUAGCAACUUGGUAUCUUCACUCACCUGUUCAGAGGGUCUCAAGACAUCAUGGAUGACAACUGUACCAAACCACUUGCUGGGACUCUGAACUCCGCCUUGGAGUACAGCACAACUGGGUCUCUAUCUCCACAUGUGUACUGGACUCUUUGUGCGUUAUCAUGCAAAAAACAAUAUCUGCAACCAAGUCACCAAACAGCAGAUUUCAGUACAUGCAACAGUUAAUAUGUGUAACCAAACACUAGUCAGUGUUUUGAAAAGAUGAAACAGUGUUAUAGAGACCAACAGCCAUUACUGAUCUUUAUUUUUCGUAACUCAUUUGGUACGGUGCGUCUCUGAAGUAUGGUCACUCAUUGGAAGCAUGACAUUCCCUGAUCAUGAGAAACGUGCUACUCUGUCCUUUUGUUGAACCAAGAGAGAGGCUUUCAUUGAGACAUUCCACACCAAAUACGUGUUUGCAUGUAAAUAGCUUAGAAAAAUGAGGGUAUAUAUGAAUGUAUCACCUUAGAUGUAGCCUGGUCAAGUACAUUUAGUCAUUUAGCAGACACUCUUAUCCAGAGCGACUUACAGUAAGUACAGGGACAU